AUGUCUGACGCAAAGUACUUUCAAAGAGGCAAGAUUCAGGAGCUUCGGGCAGAGCUCAAUUCAGAGAAGCGCGACCCUAAGCAUCAGCGCAAGAAGACAGUGAUGAAGAAGAUUGUUGCCAACAUGACUAUGGGCAACGACAUGUCACUGCUAUUCCCGGACAUUCUGAAUGUAAUGAAUGUUCCAAUCCUCGAAAUCAAAAAGAUGGUCUAUCUCUACUUGAUCAACUAUGCACGAAGCAAACCUGACAUGGCUAUGAUGGCAAUUACCAUGUUUAUCAAGGAUGUCGAAGACCCCAACCCAUUAAUCAGAGCAUUGGCUAUCCGUACCAUGGGAUAUAUACAAGUAGAGAAAAUAGUCGAUUGUCUCGUAGAUCCAUUGCGACACUGCCUGCGUGAUAGGGAUCCUUAUGUCCGCAAGACAGCUGCAAUUUGCGUAGCCAAACUAUACAUGUAUGACAAUGUGCUUGUAGAGAGUGAACAUUUUAUCGAUAUGUUGAGAGAACUCUUGACCGAUCCUAACCCAACUGUGGUUGCCAAUGCUGUCGCUGCAUUGACUGAAAUAUCAGAAAGGUCUGAAAAUACUCAACUCAAAUUGAACCACUCAAUUGCCAACAAACUCGCAGCCGCAUUAAACGAAUGCUCAGAGUGGGGGCAGACUUAUAUCCUUGAGGCAUUGAUGUAUUAUGUACCUCAAGAAGCAGGUGAUGCUGAAAUGCUUGCCGAACGAAUUGCCCCCCGUCUUCAACACGCUAAUUCUGCCGUUGUCCUGACGUGUGUCAAGGUGAUGAUGUACCUGAUGAACUAUAUGAAAAAUGAAGCCGACGUGAAUGCAUUCUGUCGUAAAUUGAGUCCUCCUCUUGUGACCCUCUUGUCAUCCGGACCUGAAGUACAAUACGUAGCUCUUCGUAACAUUCUGUUGGUUAUUCAGCGAAGGCCUGAAGUUCUUAGAAACGAUAUGAAAGUCUUCUUUUGCAAAUACAAUGAUCCUAUCUAUGUCAAACUCGCAAAACUCGAAAUUAUCUUUAGACUUGCAAAUGCCCAAAGUGUAGACCAAGUAUUGAGUGAAUUGACAGAGUAUGCAGCUGAAGUUGAUGUUGACUUUGUUCGCAAAGCGGUGCGCUCUAUUGGAAGAUUGGCUGUAAAGAUCGAAAGUGCGGCUGAGCGCUGUAUUACUGCUCUUUUGGAUCUAAUCCAUACAAAGGUGAACUAUGUGGUACAGGAGGCAAUCGUUGUAAUCAGGGAUAUUUUCCGCAAAUACCCAAACCAAUACGAGAGUAUCAUUGGUACAUUGUGUGAGAACCUUGAUAACUUGGAUGAGCCAGAAGCCAAGGCUGCAAUGAUUUGGAUUAUUGGUCAAUACGCAGACAGAAUUGAAAAUGCAGACGUAUUGCUAGAUGACUUUUUAUACACAUUCUUGGAAGAACCAGUAGAGGUACAAAUGGCAUUACUGACAGCCACCGUAAAGCUGUUCAUUAAGCGACCGACUGCUGGACAGGAUCUGGUUCCAAAAGUGUUGAAAUGGGCAACAGAAGAGGCUGUAAACCCAGACUUGCGUGAUAGAGGAUACAUUUAUUGGCGUCUUCUCUCUACAGAUCCUGCGGCAGCAAAGGCUAUAGUAUUGUCAGAUAAGCCAUCUAUUUCAACGGAGAGUGAUAAUAUGGAUCCAGCGUUCCUGAAUGAACUACUUCUCCAUAUUUCCAGUUUGGCAUCAAUAUAUCACAAAAGCCCAACCACCUUUAUCAGUCAUUACAAGCCACGAUUCUUAAUACCAUCUCCUGCUCUCCAACUCCCAGAUAGUCCCUCCACAUUCAGUUUGCAACCUCUGCAACCACAGCAACCACAGCAACCACAGCAGACCCAAAUGAGAAUGCAACAGCCUGGCUCAUUCAAUGACCUAGGCUAUAAUAAUGUAGCAGCUAAUAGGUAA